CCAUGUUCUCACGAGCUGUCUGGGCCCGUCAGGCCGCUCCCCUGAGGCGUCAGGCCUUUGCUCCUCUUGCUCGUCGCUCCGUCACCACCGACGCUGCUUCGGCGCAUGCUGAGAACAUCCCGGAGGAAGAUGACAAGCCCUUUACCGUCCGUCUCUCCGAUGAGAGCUUCGAGACCUACGAGCUCGACCCCCCCCCUUACACGCUCGAGACGACCAAGAAGGAGCUCAAGCAGAUGUACUAUGACAUGGUCGCCAUGAGACGCAUGGAAAUGGCCGCCGACCGUCUCUACAAGGAGAAGAAGAUCAGAGGGUUCUGCCACCUGUCGACCGGUCAGGAAGCCGUCGCCGUCGGCAUCGAACACGCCAUCACCCGCGACGACAAGAUCAUCACGGCUUACCGUUGCCACGGCUUUGCCAUGAUGCGUGGUGCCACGGUUCGCUCCAUCAUCGGUGAGCUGCUCGGCCGCCGUGAGGGUAUCGCCUACGGCAAGGGUGGCUCCAUGCACAUGUUCGCCCCCAACUUCUACGGCGGCAACGGUAUCGUCGGUGCCCAGGUCCCUGUCGGCGCUGGUCUGGCCUUUGCCCAGCAGUACAACGAUGAGAAGACCACUAGCAUCGUCCUGUACGGUGACGGUGCCUCUAACCAGGGCCAGGUCUUCGAGGCCUUCAACAUGGCCAAGCUCUGGAAGCUUCCUGUUCUGUUUGGCUGCGAGAACAACAAGUACGGUAUGGGUACCUCUGCGGCCCGCUCCUCCGCCCUGACGGACUACUACAAGCGUGGACAGUACAUCCCCGGUAUCAAGGUGAACGGGAUGGACGUUCUGGCGACCAAGGCUGCGGUGCAGUACGGCAAGGAGUACGCGGUGUCCGGCAAGGGCCCGCUGGUGUUCGAGUACGUGACCUACCGCUACGGUGGACACUCCAUGUCCGACCCGGGCACGACCUACCGCACACGCGAGGAGAUCCAGCGCAUGCGCAGCACGCACGAUGCCAUUGCGGGGCUCAAGCAGAAGAUCCUCGACUGGGGCGUCGUCACCGAGGAGGAGCUCAAGACCAUCGACAAGACCGCCCGUGCCAACGUCGACGCCGAGGUCGCCGUCGCCGAGCAGAUGGCCGUCCCGGAGGCCAACUCCCGCAUCCUCUUCGAGGACAUCUACGUCCGCGGCUCCGAGCCCCGCUGGAUGCGCGGCCGCACCGUCGACGAAACCUUCUACUACUAAUCCCCCCCCCCCGCGCCAUCCACUUGUCU